AUUGGACUUCUACAGAAUUAUUAAUCCAUAUGUCGAGUAGCUAAUGCCCUCUUACACCCGAGGAACUUAUUUCUUUUGGCUGAAAGCUUGAGGUGACAUCCUAAUUGUGUUAUCAGAUACGCCAUAGCGGGGCAUCGAUAGGCUUCGUCACUCCCCAAUUAAAUUUUCUCCAGUCGUCACAAUCUUGAGCCUCCAUCCGGAAUCAAGAAAUUUCCUCUACGGCUGAAUCAAGUCAUCAAUCAAGUCCCCUGAUAAUCCUAUCUCAGAGAUCGGCUGCUCUAGAACAUCAUGUCGGAAGAAAAUGUUCCAACCACAUAUCCAGACCCAGUCCAUAUUGGUGUCAUCGGCGGCACAGGUCUAGACCAUUUACCGCACUUUACCAAAGCCGCCGUGGUCGAUCUUGACACUCCGUGGGGAAAACCGUCGUCGCCGAUCACGAUUCUCGAGCACCCGUCGCCCACCACCGGAAAGCCGAUCCCCAUCGCCUUCAUUGCGCGUCACGGCCUACACCACCAGUAUCUACCGUCUGAUAUCCCUGUGCGAGCCAACAUCGCAGCACUUCGCAAACUCGGCGUUCGCUCCAUCAUUGCCUUCUCUGCCGCGGGAUCACUUGCCGAGGAGGUCAAGCCCCGUGACUUUGUCGUCCCAGACCAGGCUAUCGAUCGCACAAAGGGCAUCAGGCCUCAUACCUUCUUCGAGGAUGGCUUCGUGCUCCAUGUCCCUUUUGCCGAUCCUUUUGAUAACCGCAUCGGCGAUGUCGUUCGAAAGUGUGGCCACAGCCUCGAGGGAGACGGAGUGGUCUUGCACGACAACGGGACCUUGAUUGUCAUGGAGGGACCUCAAUUCAGCACCCGAGCCGAGUCAAAUUUAUAUCGAUCCUGGGGCGGUACCAUCAUUAACAUGUCGACCCUGCCUGAAGCCAAGUUGGCCGCAGAGGCAGAGAUCGCCUAUCAAGUCAUCAUCAUGAGCACAGAUUACGAUUGCUGGCACGACUCAGGCGACGUGACCGUGGAAAUGGUCAUGGGACAUAUGCGAGCCAACGCCGUCAAUGCGCGACGUUUCAUCGCCGCCGUGCUCGACGAACUGUCCAAGGAAGAACACUCGGAGCUGGUUCAGGCCACUCAUUUGGCCGGUCAACGCAAGUUCGGCAUCUCAACAAGUCCCGCUGGGCGAAGUAAGGCUGCCCUGGAGAAAUUGGACUGGUUGUUUCCAGGAUACUUCACGUGACCUGAAUGAUAGCAGAGACGAGUAACAUCAAGAUGGGGAAGAAAGGAUGGAGUAGAUGCAAGCCCUAUCUAAUGUUUGAUGUGAAGAAUGAGAAUGAGAAUUGGAUUCGAACAAAGAAAUACUGGAUCUACGAACACAUGGAUAGAUAUGGUUCCAAGGAACGUUGGUGACAACCAGACAAGGCAUCCGGAGGGAUGGAAAGGAUGUUGGAGAUCUGUCGUACAUCGUCUUCAACAGUCCAACCCUUCUUUUGAAAUCGUUGUCAUGUUUCAUGCACAUAUGGGCAAGUUACACAUGGUGUUGGCGGACGGUUCAGCACCGUCCGUCAAUUUCGUAUAGAUAGAGAGCGAUAUUGUCAUUUGUGUCGAAUUGUCGAAAUGGAAUCGAUUAUCACAUAAA